AUGUCUACAUUUAAUUUUUAUAAUAGACAACCUAAGCCUAAAGUAUUUGCAAAUAAUAAAAAUUAUAAAAACACAACUAUUACAGAUUUUUUUAAAGCUAACAAUGAAGAAAUAAAUGACAACGAAACAAAUAAACAAACUAUAAACAAUAACAGUAAUGAUAAAAAUAUAAAUAGUGUCAAUAUAAAUAAUAAUGUUAUAAAUAAUAAUAUAAAUAAUAAUAAAAGCCCACACAAAAAAGAAAUCGAAACAGCUUCAAAAAGAGAAGAGGCAGAUACAAUUAUAACAGCGGACCACUAUUUUAAAAAAGAAAACCAACAUGAUGAUAGAAAUAUAGAAUAUAAAAAAACAAAUAUUAAAGUGUCACCAUUAGGGAAAAAAUUAAAAAGACUUAACUAUCAAUAUUCAAAUGGUGAGGAUAUAAUCAAUGGCAGUAGUGAAGCCUUUGCCAGCAAAGAAGUUAAUAUAAAUUUAGAAACAAACAAUAGAGAUAAUAUUAAUAAUAGUGACAAUGAUAAUACUUCUAAUAAUACUGCUAUUAAUAAUACCAAUAAUAACAAUAACAAUAAUAAUAAUACUAAUACUAAUAAUAAUAAUAAUAAUAAUAAUAGCAACAAAAAUAAUAACACUACUAUUAAUAAUAAUGAAAGUAAACCAACUAAACCUCUUCUUAAAAUAGCCAACCCUUCAUUACCAAUAAGGAAAUCCUUACCAAAUAGUUUUGUUCCCCCGUAUAGUAACAUUAAUACAAAUACCAAUUCAAAUAUAAACAAUAACAAUAUCAGGCCCAGUGGAUUUACAUCCUCACUUUCACUUCUUCAACCAAAAAAAGAACAAAAUACACCCAAUAUCAAUAACAAUCAAAAUAUAAACGGUGAAAACUCAACAACAAAACCCAAUGUAAAUAAUAGCACAGAUAACAUUUCAAUUGAUAAUUCGAAUAAUAAUAACAAUAUGAAUAAUAAACCAAUACAAAACAAUUUUAAUAAAAAUUUAGCUUUUUCACAAUCAAAUGUUUCAAUUUCUACACCAAAUCUAGCAUUGUCAUUAAAUAAAUUUUCAGCAUCAACAACGUCGACAACUAAUAGUGUUAAUAAUACAUUUCUAAAGCCAUCAAUUUUAAAUAGCAAGCCAAGCACAAACAACAUUAGUAACAACAAUAAUAGUAAUUUAAAUUUAAGUCAAAAAAUAUUUUAUUCAUUAAACAAAGUUUCAUCAAAUAUGUUAAACAAUACAUCUAGUGAUAAUAAUAGUAAAGUUAUAACCACAACAUCAACAACAUCCACAACAAAAAAAACAAUAUCAACUAAUCUUUUUAGUUCAUUUAAUCCAUCAUCAUUUAGUUUAAUGAAUAAAAAUAAUAGUAGUAAAUCAAUAGCAUCAAUGGAGAUGUUUAAUAAGGUUGGUGCGACAUCAUCUAAAGGUAUUCCGUAUUCAGAAGUUCAAGUUAGUGAGUCAUUAUCUGAUGAACAAAAGAGUGUAUUGGAAAUGGGGAAAUAA